AUGAUUGAGGUAAUACGAUGUUGCAAUAUUAAAGUGACUUCAUUUAAAUAUAACUAGUUUGCAUUGUUCUUUUCUAUUUUGAUUUUAAUAUAAAUUGUCAAUUAUAUUCUUUAAUUUUAGGAAAAUAAAUAAAAAAUGAUAUCCUUUUUCCGUUUCAAAUAGCUUUUAAUAUUACUUAACCUAUAACUGUCAAAUACAACAAAGAAUAAUGUGAAAGUAGCAUGUUAUAUAUACAAAAAUUCAUAUCGUUACUAAUAAAAUUUGCAUGUAUACUAUAUAUAUAUAUAUAUAUAAAUUUUUCGUUAAAUUUUGUGUUUUUUUCAGUGCUAAGACAACUUAAUCUUGUAUUUUUUCUACAACUGAUCAUCUAAUUUAUACAGAUGGAUAGUGAAAAGCAAAAGGAUGAGAUUGUUGCAUUGGAAAGUAUUUACAAUUCAGAAGAAUUUUCAUAUCGCAAGGAGAAUGAUCAAUACCAAUGUACUUUUAUGAUAUUCAUAAAUCUUCCUAUCGAUUAUCAUGUAACAUAUAAGGAUUAUAGGCAAGUGGAUGAGUCUGAACAAAAGAUUAAAAUAUCUCAUUUACCACCAUUAAAACUUCAUGUAUUUCUACCAAAAAAUUAUCCUUCUGAGUUGCCACCGAAAUUUACUUUAUAUUCAUCUUGGUUGGAUCUCCCGAUGUUAACUACAUUAUGUAAAAAGUUAGACAAAUUAUGGGAAGAAAAUAAAGGACAAGAAAUAUUAUUUACAUGGGUGGCUUUCUUACAUGAUGAAACUCUGGAAUUUUUAAAUAUACAAGAUCAUCUUAAUAUGAGUCGUGCUUAUACGCGCUAUAAAGAAGCCUUGGAAAUAGUACAUAAUAUUCGUAAGAAUAAAAUAGAUAACAUAGACAAAGAAUGUACCAUAGAUUCAAAUAAGGAAAAAUUAGUAAUUGGGCAAAAUCCCAUACAAACAUUGAUUGAUUACAGUGAAAAACGUAAUGAAAUUGAAUUUAAGAAAAAUUUUUAUACUUGUAAAAUUUGUUUUGUGGACAAAUUAGGAGAACAUUGUACACAAUUUUUACCAUGUGGUCAUGUAUUUUGUAAAGAUUGCAUAGCUGGUUACUUAGAAGUAAGAAUCAAAGAUGGAAACGUACAAAAUAUUUAUUGUCCAGAAGAAAAAUGUACCUCUGAAGUAACACCUGCACAGAUAAAGGACUUAGUAAGUUCAGAAUUAUUUGUGAAAUAUGAUUCUAUACUAUUGAGUGCCACAUUAGACACUAUGGGAGAUAUAGUAUAUUGUCCAAGACGUAAUUGUCAAUAUCCAGUUAGUCGGGAACCGAAUGAACAAAUGGCAAAUUGCCCAAUCUGUCAAUAUGCAUUUUGCGUUUACUGCAAAAUGGUGUAUCAUGGCAUAGAACCAUGCAAAGUUUAUUCAGCUGAAAUACAUAAAGUGGUAGCUGAAUAUCAAGAAGCUCCUGAUGAUAAAAAGCUGCAAAUGGAGCUACGUUAUGGUAAAAAGCAACUUCAAACUCUGAUAGAAAAUACUAUGUCUGAGAAUUGGAUUAAAAGUAACAGCCAAAAAUGCCCUGAAUGUCAAGCUGCGAUUGAGAAAUCCGAUGGUUGCAACAAAAUGGUGUGUUGGCGAUGCAAUACAUAUUUUUGCUGGUUAUGCAGUACCAUUCUUAAUCGUGAUAAGCCUUACGAACAUUUUCAAGAUAUGGACUCUAAAUGUUAUAAUAUGUUAUAUUAUGGAAUGCCAAUUGAAGAUGAUGACAAUGAAGAUGAUAUGUAUAUUGAUUACCAGUUUUAUCCUAAUUAUGAAUCAGAUGAAGAGUAUUAUGAAGAAAUUGUAAUCGCCUUCUCCUUCACCUUCAGCGGAAUCCAUACCGACUUCUUCAUAGUCUUUCUCAAGAGCCGCCAGAUCCUCACGUGCUUCAGAAAAUUCACCUUCUUCCAUACCUUCACCGACGUACCAAUGAACAAAUGCACGUUUGGCGUACAUAAGAUCAAAUUUAUGGUCAAGACGGGCCCAGGCUUCUGCAAUAGCAGUAGUAUUCGACAACAUGCAAACAGCACGCUGUACUUUGGCAAGAUCACCACCAGGUACCACAGUCGGCGGCUGGUAGUUGAUACCAACUUUGAAUCCAGUUGGACACCAAUCGACAAAUUGAAUAUCUACAGAAAGACGUUCCAUCAAAAGAGAGGUAAAUCCAGAACCAGUGCCACCUCCAAAGGAGUGGAAGAUAAGAAAUCCUUGAAGACCUGUGCAUUGAUCAGCCAAUUUACGAAUUCUGUCCAAUACAAGAAUAAAAAGAUAUUAACCAACUACUGUGGGUUCCAAGUCAAUGAAGACUGCUCUAGGUACGUGUUUUCCUGCACCAGUUUCGCUAAAGAAGGUGUUGAAACUAUCAUCGCCUCCACCAAUAGUUUUAUCAGAUGGCAUUUGACCAUCAGGCUGGAUGCCAUGCUCCAGACAAUAUAA